CAUGGAAACCUGCCAUGCACCGCUGAGCUGCCUGCCGGAGGCGGCCUCCGCCGGCGCGCCGUCGACGACGGGGCUCGAUGGCGUCUCCUCGCUCCUGACGCAGCUCGACGCCGGCUACUUCCGCAUCAGCCUCUCGCUGUGCGGGCAGGCGCUGCUGUGGCGCACGCUCUGCGCCACCGGCGGCGGCGGCGGCGGCGGCGGCGAGGUGGAGCGUUUGUCGCCGCGCGCGCUGGGCGCCUUGGCCCCCGCGGCGUCCGUGAUCCUCUGGUCGCUCGCGCUCCUCUCGCUGCUCGCGCUUACCGCGCUCUACGCGGCGCGCUGCCUGCUCCGGUUCGCCGCCGUGCGCGCCGAGUUCCGGCACCGCGUCGCCGUGAACUACCUCUUCGCACCGUGGGCGUCGUGGCUGCUGCUGCUGCAGGCGGCCCCGUCCUCGCUCCUCCGCCCGGACGCCGCGCCGCGCCGCGCCCUGUGGUGCGCCUUCGCGGCGCCGGUCCUCGCGCUCGACGUCACCGUGUACGGGCAGUGGUUCACCGAGGGCCGGACGGCGCUGUCCGUCGCCGCCAACCCGACGGGCCACAUCACGGUGGUCACCAACCUCGUGGCGGCGAGGGCGGCCGCGGAGCUCGGCUGGCGAGAGGGCGCCGUGGCCGUGUUCGCCGUCGCCGUCGCGCACUACGCCGUGCUGUUCGUCACGCUGUACCAGAGGCUCCUCGGCACGGACGCGCUCCCGGCCACGCUCCGGCCCGUGUUCUUCCUCUUCUUCGCCGCGCCGAGCAUGGCGUCGCUGGCGUGGGGUGCCAUCUCCUCCUCCUUUGACACUGCCUGCAAGAUGCUGUUCUUUCUUUCCCUCUUCCUAUUUGCCUCACUGGUGUCGAGGCCAGCACUGUUCAGGAGGGCCAUGCGCCGCUUCAGCGUGGCCUGGUGGGCGUUCCCGUUCCCGGUCACCGUGCUCGCCGCCGCCGCCGCCGAGUACGCGAGGGCGGUCGACGGGGGCCGCGCCGCCGUCGCGCUCGUGCUCGUGCUGUCGGCGCUCUCCGUCGCCGUCACCGUCGGCGUCAUGGUGUGCACGGCCAUCCGGACGACCGACCUGCUCGCAGACGACGGCGGCGGCGGCGGCGAUCAAGUGGUCAGCGCACCACCCGCCGUGGUGCCUUUGGAGACGCGCACAGCGUCAGGAUCACCGGUGUUUUCGUGCGUGUGAUGGAUUACAAUGCAGUUCGGCUGGCAGCAGUGGAGAAAUGACUGGUUAAAAUAACUUAUUAAUACGAUCAAAAGCAAUAUUCCGGUUAAUAUUAGUGGCAAUGAAAAUUCCA